UCAACAACCCACAUUCAAAAAAAUGAAACAAGAUGAUGGACUCCCCCCACAAGUGUGAGGACAUUCCAUUUUCUCCAAGUGACCUUUGGGAAAAGAGGAAAAAAAACAGAAAAUUUUGUUGGGAACACAGGAACUAGGCCACAAUUCAUUCGGGGGAAACCCAAAGUGGAAAUCUUGGAAGCUUCAGUUAAGACAAUCUAAUAUGGUGGAACUCUCUAAGAUAUGAUGCCCACCCUCUGAUUCUUUACUUCUUUUAUAUACAAAUAUACAAUGCCAGUUAAAAUAAACAAUUAGAUUUAUCUUCUUUGCAUAUGGGUAUCAGGAUCAUUUUCCUUUCUUGCUUUGGCUAGUGUCUGUCUCAGUUUUGUUUGGAAUUUGAAGAAGUAUCACAUGGGCCUCUGUCUCCUCUUCUUUAAUGUGUGUGUACUUAGUAUUAAUAAUUCACACACAAAAACUUACUUGGGUGAUCAUGAUCUUUUUUGUUGUGCUUUCAACACACUGUCCAUGCCCAUCACUCUGAUUCUAUGAAAAAUUAUGCAUAAAUCUAUAAAGUUUAUGUCUUGAUUUGUUGUGCUGGAGAAAGAUAGGAGUAGGUUUUUCUUAUACAGAAGUUGGUUUUUUCUUGGCAAUUUCGUACUUUUCGUUUUAGAGAUCAGGAUAAUCUAUGGAUACUGAGAUGAUGACAUAUAUGUUGCCUUGGCUCCUUGAAGCACUAUCCCUGUUUUUCAUUUACUGGUUCAAAAGAAGUAGGGGUAAUGUUUCUUUUUUCAAGUUUCCAAUGAUGUAUGUUGAAGAGCUAGAAGAAAAGAAUUCAUUGCUGGAUUUGCCUGAUUUAGCCUUGGACUCCAUUCUUAAGAAGCUUUCACCAGCCGAUUUAAGUAGAAUGUCAGGGGUAUGUACAACUUUGAGGGACAUGUGUACGAGUGAUCAUUUAUGGGAGAGACACAUGCAAAAAAAAUGGGGUGGACUUAUUAGAAGUUUUACCUAUAGAGAUUUACAAUGGAACAUUGAUUCAAGAAAAAAGCACUUACACAUUGAAGCUCCGAAGAAGAACAGAUUAGCUGCGUUGUUUUUGGGUAGUAAGUUGGAUAGAAGGGCUAAGAUGAGUAGCACUUUACCUGUUGAUUCAGUCAUGAGUUUGUAUCUGUCUCUUGAGACCGGAAAGUUCUGGUUCCCAGCUCAAGUCUUUAAUCGCGAGAAUGGGCAUGCUGGGUUUGUCCUGUCUUGUUACGAUGCUGAGCUCAGUUAUGAUCGUCACUGGGUCAAUUUUAGAGCAAGGUUCUCAUUCAAUGGGAAACCAACUAUGGAGCAUGGAAUAGACUGGAAUAGGAUUAGAGCACCAGCAGUAGAAUGCGGACCGCACACUCUUUAUCCCUCAGAUUGUUUAGAUGACUUGAAACCUGGGGAUCACAUUGAAAUUCAGUGGAAAAGAAAAAGAGGUUAUCCAUAUGGUUGGUGGUAUGGUGUUGUUGGCCACCUAGAACCAGUCAAGAGGUGCCAAAUAUAUUGCCAGUGUCUUAGAAGUGACAGAGUGAAGCUGGAGUUCAAGCAAUACGAGCUCGGGUCACAAUGGAGAGAAACAAGCAUAUGGAGGAAAAAUCAUGAUGAAACAGGAGAUGAAGUAAAUGGAUAUUAUGGAGGAAUCCGUAAAAUUUACGACAAAUAUGAGGUAUCAAGGUGGCAGCAGCACUGGCCAGCAGAAACCGUGUAAUUAUAGAGUCUUGAGUCGGAUAGUAUCAAUGUUCCUAAAUCCUCUGUAAAAAGCCAAAGCCUCUUUCUCUGUAAGUAGUGCAAUAAGUUCUAUAUAAAGUUAACAACCAGCUUGUUAAAUAGUGGAGUAAGCUUCGUUUUCUCCCCUGGUGAAUGUAGUAAUUGCAAAACAACCAAGUCAAAUCAGAUACCAAUAUUGGUCAAGUCCAUUUAAAUAUGUUAUAUAUGCAAACAGUCCCGGUCCAAGAAAAGGCGAUCCUUUGGAAUGGACAACUUCUAUGGAUACCUUGUCCUUUGAGGAUCUGUUAUAUGAAGCCUCAUGGAGUCAUGACUUGUACUCUAAUAAUAGAAUGUUAUCCAUCUAUUAUGGUACCAGUAACCUAGUAUUUGUGGGGAGGCGCCCAGGAAAAU